CCUACCUUAAAUGAGGUAGGAUCCGUGACCCAUCCCGCCUAUCGCACACCGCCAGUGACUGAAGCCUCAGUCAACCAGUGCACCGGAACAGCCCUACCGCGUCCCCCCGUGCGCUUCAAUUCCAUAGAUUGAGAGAAAUCUUGGGCAGGACGCGUUCACGCGUUCAAAAUGUGUGCAGACGUUCAGCGGCAGGAUAACGCAGUCCUGAAAACUAAAAACAAUCCUUGGUUUGAGACGGACAUAGCGUGGAUGACUGUUCUUGUGGCUGUACUGUCUCAUGGCACAGCAAUCUACGCUUUGCCCCGCUUCGUCCUGUUUCAGGUUAAAUGGCAGACGUGGAUAUUUACUGUUCUUCUGUACUACUUAUCCACCGUGGGCUCGAACGCUGGGGCCCACAGGCUUUUCUCUCACAGGGCAUACAAAGCAACCCUGCCCUUGAAGAUCUUCCUUCUGGCCAUGGGUUCGUUGGCCGUCCAGCCAUGUGCCUGGAGAUGGGCCAGAGACCACCGCGUUCAUCACAAGCACUCGGACACGAUGGCCGACCCUUACAGUGCAGCGCGGGGAUUCUUCUUCUCUCACUGGGGGUGGAUGUGUCUUCGAAGGCAUCCGGAGGUUUUCGCAAAAUGGAAGACGAUCGAUUUGUCUGAUCUCGAAAAUGACCCUUACGUUAUGUUUCAAAAGAGGCACCAGUACAAGCUGAUCGCGGUUUUCGCAGUGGCGCUGCCACUCAUCAUUUCGGUAUACGGUUGGAAUGAAACGUGGCUAAACAGUUUUCUCGUUCCCGUGACUCUUCGCAUUGUGUGGUGCUGGAACUGCACUGCCAUGAUAAACAGUUGGAGUCACCAUUUCGGCACGAAGCCGUACGAUAAGACAAUUUACCCAGUGCAAAGUUUACUUGUCGCGCAUUUGGCUCUUGGAGAAGGAUGGCACAACUACCACCACGCGUUCCCAUGGGAUUACAAGGCGUCCGAGCUUGGACUUCAGUACAAUCCGAUGGCAACCUUCAUCAAAACUUGUGCGCGCCUGGGACUGGCCUACGACCUUAGAGAAGCCUCCGAUGACGUCAUCAAGGCCAGGAUCGAAAGAACCGGUGACGGAACACAUUCACUUUAGACAUGAGUCGCGAUUUCAUCCCGAACGCUGCUAUUCAAGGAAUGUGUACUGAUAAAAAUCCACUGUAAUGUUUGGUAAUGUUACGACACAAUCACCAACAGUAAUGCUGCUAAGUAACGACAGUAUUGUUUUGUGUCUGAACGGGAAACCCAUCAAGAAACAACACUUUUGUUUUAUAACAACUUCCUUGUCAAGUAACAAUAAUGUAAUCGUGAACAAGGAAGUUGUUGUGAAACGAAAGUGUUGUUUCUGGAUGGGUUUCCCGUUCAGCCACAAAACAAUACUGUUGUUAUUUAACAGCAUUACUGCAGGUGAUUGUGUUGUAAUAUUACAGUGGAUUUUUAACAGUGUGGGCCCACAUAAUCACAGUUUUGGUGUGAUAAAAUGGUAACAUAUGACAAAUAUAUGACGGCUCAUAUGACGCCAUAUGAACCCUAUCUUUAAAUCUA